GUAAAAGCUGUAAAAAGACUUUUUUUGUACGAAGUACCACUUUUUCCACCUUUCGUGGUACAUUCUCGAAUCUAACACGCCAUUUCUACGUUUGGUUUACAAAUAAAUAAACAUUUCAUUAUUCGUGUAGAAACAAUGAACUCUAUGAAAAUACAUGAAAAGUCAAGUUAGGGUAACUAUUACAAAUGGCGCUCAUCCGUAAGAAGUUAUUCUUUUCAGUGACCAUCCUCUCAAUAGGGAACACGAAACGAGAACGUAAUUGAAGUGCUCAGUUUAGCCUCCUAUUCUCCUACUCCAUGAUUUUAUCCUUUCAUCGAUAUAGGUGGGAGGCGGAAGGCGUUUUAGUUCUCUUGGUUCUCCUCAGCCUCCCAUAUAUGUUCUGUACUCCUCAGUUUGCCUCAGUUGUUUGCCUCAGUUGUUUGCCUCAGUCGCACGUCAACGGUAACAUGAACACGCUUCUAUACCCGCUGUUAGUGCUUGCACAUUUCUUACAUAGCCUAUACUUGGCGAUUUGCAACACGUGCAUUGUGGUAUACCGGUGGUUCACACAGUCCUGGUACAGAACGGCGGAAUUCGACGUGCUCGUCCACACGCUCACGAGAUUGAGCAAGACACCUAGGCACCUGGUGAUCGUACUCGGACUGUACGACGAGUCCGUCCUGGACUUGUGUGUGCGUAUAAUUGGAUGGUGCAUUACACUUGAUAUACCUUACAUCAGCUUCUUUGAUCAUAACGGUUUCUUGAAGAAGAAUGAAGUUAAUCUUAAAGAGGAAUUUGCGAGGAACCGGCCUGAUCUAGUAGAGCAUAUUAUUUGGAAUUCACACGCAAAAGCACCUAGUCAAAAUAGAACAACUGGAAGCAAGUCGAAAAUAAAUGUAUCGUUACUGUCAAACGUAGACGGCAAAGGAAAAAUAGUGACGUUGGUGCAGUCGCUGGGAAAAGCCAUAUCUUCGGGGGACCUCGACCCAAAAGAAAUUACGGAAGAACUAAUCACUGAAAAAUUACAAAUAAAAGAGAUGCCCGAUCCCGAUCUCGCUUUAAUAUAUGAUUAUACUUAUUCUACAUAUGGUAUUCUACCAUGGCACACGAAAACAACAGAAUUUUUAAUGCUGCCGAUGUACGGUAGUGUCUCAGUGAAAGAUUUCAUAUAUUCAUUAGAGAAGUAUAGCAAAUGUAAACAACGGUAUGGUAAAUAGUACCCCCUUGCCCAUCCGAUUCAAUACCUCAGUAUUGCUCAUCUUGUCGUUCCACGGGAUACGGAGAAUGCGACGAUAGGGUCUUGUAUUACUCACUGUUUAUUUAAGAAUGUUACGUCUGACGGAUAAAAUUUUUUUUUCCUUUUUCUCGCGCUAUACGUCUUAAAUUUAUUCUAGAAAAGCAAAUCAAAUUUAUAAACGCUUUGUAAUCAAUCAAAUUAAAAUAAAAAUCAUAUGAAAAUAA